AUGAAUAGUCUAGAAAAUAAAGUAGCUGUAGUGACGGGCGGGGCUAAUGGUAUUGGAGCUGAAGUUGUAAAGGCAUUUAUACAUGAAGGUGCAAAGGUGACAAUUUUAGACAUCAAUGAAAGCGCAGGGAAUGACUUGGUACAUAAGUUGGCGGGAAAAUAUGGCAAAGAUAAAAUACAGUUGAUAAAAUGUGAUGUUAGUAAGGAAGAUCAACUACUGGGCGCAUUCGAAAAAGUCACCAAAGAGUACGAUUAUAUUGAUGUUAUAGUUAAUAAUGCUGGCAUAGCUGACGAAUCAUUUGAAAUGUAUAAAAAACAAAUCGAUAUAAAUUUCACUGCAGUUAUAACUUCAUCAAUAAGAGGAAUCGAGUUUAUGCGUAAGGACAAAGGUGGUAGAGGAGGCACCAUCAUCAAUGUAUCUUCUAUCUGCGGUCUUAUUCGGUUAACUCCUGGUCUUUUCUUAUACGGAGCAAUCAAGAGUGCUUUGAUCCACUUUGGAACUUCAAUUGGCGUUAAAGAAUAUUAUUCUAGAACCAAUGUGAGGGUGAUCACAAUUUGUUUCGGAGUUACGCAGACAAAUAUAGUAUCCACAUCGAAAAGCUUUGAUGAACAAAUAACUCGCGACACUGAGCAAACGAUGAGUAAAAUUCUCUUAAGAAGUCCAUUCCAAUCUGCCGAAGUAGCAGCUAAAGGAGUGGUUGAGAGUUUCACAAAUGGCGAAAGUGGAAGCGUCUGGCUUGUGAACAAUGGACAAAUUUGCGAUAUCACUGAGAAUAUAGACCAAGCUUUCGAAGUUAUGGGUGAAAAAGUCAAUAUUUGA